AAGAGCCUCGGGAGCCCCAGUGCCGAGGAUGGGCAACCGCACGUGGGACGGCUGCCACGUGGACUCGCGCGUGGACCACCUCUUCCCGCCGUCCCUCUAUAUCUUUGUCAUCGGCGUGGGGCUGCCCACCAACUGCCUGGCCUUGUGGGCGGCCUACCGCCAGGUCCGGCAACGCAACGAGCUGGGCGUAUACCUGAUGAACCUCAGCAUCGCCGACCUGCUGUACAUCUGCACGCUGCCGCUGUGGGUCGACUACUUCCUGCACCACGACAACUGGAUCCACGGCCCCGGCUCCUGCAAGCUCUUCGGCUUCAUCUUCUACACCAACAUCUACAUCAGCAUCGCCUUCCUGUGCUGCAUCUCAGUGGAUCGCUACCUGGCGGUGGCCCAUCCACUGCGCUUUGCGCGCCUGCGCAGGGUCAAGACAGCCGUGGCUGUGAGCUCCGUGGUCUGGGCCACGGAGCUGGGGGCCAACUCAGCACCCCUGUUCCACGACGAGCUCUUCCGCGACCGCUACAACCAUACCUUCUGCUUUGAGAAGUUUCCCAUGGAGGGCUGGGUGGCCUGGAUGAACCUCUACCGGGUUUUUGUGGGCUUCCUCUUCCCCUGGGCCCUCAUGCUGCUGUCCUACCGUGGCAUCCUGAGGGCUGUGCGGGGCAGCGUGUCCACCGAGCGCCAGGAGAAGGCCAAGAUCAAGCGGCUGGCCCUGAGCCUCAUCGCCAUCGUGCUGGUCUGCUUCGCGCCCUACCACGUGCUCCUGCUCUCCCGCAGCGCCGUCUACCUGGGCCGCCCAUGGGACUGUGGCUUCGAGGAGCGUGUCUUCUCGGCCUACCACAGCUCGCUGGCCUUCACCAGCCUCAACUGCGUGGCUGACCCCAUCCUCUACUGCCUCGUCAAUGAGGGGGCCCGCAGUGACGUGGCCAAGGCCUUGCACAACCUGCUCCGCUUCCUGGCCAGUGACAAGCCCCAGGAGAUGGCCAACGCCUCACUCACCCUGGAGACCCCGCUCACUUCCAAGAGGAACAGCAUGGCCAAGGCCUUGGCAGCUGGCUGGGCGGCGGUUCCACCCUCCCAGGGGGACCAGGUGCAGCUGAAGAUGCUGCCACCCGCUCAGUGAACCCCCAACUCGUGCAGAAACCCCUCACUCCUCCAGUCUUAGCUCCCUUCCCUUUGGGUCUGCUGUAUGCAAAUUGUAUGUAAAUGGAGCUGUGCUCGUAUUCAUAAGAGUAGAGGAAAACAGGAAAACAGUGAGGUUGGUGGGUCACUGGCCAAUCAUCAGCCUCUACCAUGACCCCCUAACAACUCGGUUGAACAAUUCAGGGGCACUGGGUGCUGGGUGGUGCUAGUGACACAGUGGUGACAAAUGACAAUCCUGGCCCUCCAUCAUGUGCUCCCACUCCCAUGGGGGAGACAGACCUGCCCCCAGAAAGGGAUGACCCAGAGGGGGUGAGGCUCAGACAGGGGCACCCAGAGGGCCUCUGACCCAGUCUGAGGGUCAGGGAGGGCUUCCUGGAGGAGGAGACAAGUAAAUUAAGUCAAACAUUUGGUUUCCAGAAGGUAACGACAAGAAGGGGGGGAUGAUAAAAUUUGGGGACUGAAGAAGAUGGGAGAAAAAAUUCACCGAGGGGUAGCAUGGUCAUUUUUGCCCUUGGGAAGCCCCUGGUCUUCUAAGGAAGUGAGGGCAUGAAGGGCACGUGUGAGUUUCUGGACAAACAGCAUUCUCCAAGUCAGGACUGGGGAGGAGGGAGACUCAGAACCCAAGCAAAGGACAAUCGGGGCAGACUAGCUGGAGAGCUGACUAGGCAGGCCGGGGCAGGGGCUCAGGACAGGAGAAGGGUAUUUAUUCAUUCAUUCAACAGAAAUUUAUUUAUAUCCACUCUUGGCCCAGCCC